UUUGAUUACGGUGGUGAGAAAAUGAACGUGGCCUUGUCGGUGUGAUCAGUAAUGUUUUAUUUACGUUAAUCGUUAUUAAAAUAGGCGAAAAUGUCCGAUGCAAUUUUACCCAAAGGGCAACCUAUUUCUGGAGAUCCUGAAAAAAAGGGAUGGCUAUUUAAGUGGACAAAUUAUCUCAAAGGAUAUCAGCGAAGAUGGUUCGUGUUGUCAAACGGACUCCUAUCAUAUUACAGAAAUCAAGCGGAAAUUUCACACACAUGUCGGGGUUCAAUAUCACUACUGGGUGCGCUCAUUCACACAGCAGACUCAUGCACAUUUGUGAUAAGCAAUGGAGCGACACAGACAUUCCACAUAAGAGCACAAGAUGAAGUAGAGCGACAGAGUUGGGUCACAGCUUUGGAAUUAGCAAAAGCAAAAGCCAUCCGAGCCCAAGAAUCAGAUGAUGAUGAUGAACACAAUAUGAAUUCUGGCCAGGUCGACAAUGCUGGUGACGGGGAGCAUGAAGAUGCCGGUGGGAUAGCCAGAGAGUUAUCUGCGCGAUUACAUGAUUUGCGUACUUGUUCAGAAUUGGUGGCCAAACAUGGUGCAACCUUGCAACGAUCAUUAGUAGACCUUGAAAUACCUCCAUCAGAUACAACGAAACAAGUGUCAGAGAGGGCAACACUAUUUCGAAUAUCUUGUAAUGCUAUGAUGAACGCUUGUUCGGAGUUUAUGAAUGCCGCAUCGGCGUCUAGCGCUAGGAUGAAUCGCGCGCUCCAACACGAACGAGAACAGAAAAUGCGUCUGCAAGAGAUUGUGGAACAACUGGCGAGACAGCACGACAACUUAGAGAAAUCUGUCGCCAGGAGUACGCCGCAUACAGGAGGCAACGGAACUGGACAGGGCAACGAAACCGAAGAUGAUGACCAUGAAUUUUUUGAUGCUGUUGAAGAGGGUGUCAAUUCGACAAAGGAAGACAAGACUUCAUUUGUGAUUAAAGUGCCUGUAAAUAGAAAAAACAAAGUAAAAAGUGGGGAAAGUUCCGACGAAUCUGAAGCGGAGACUGUAACGGAAACCCAACAAGUAUUCUUUGUCGAGGACAAGGAACGAGCGGAGUCCGCGAUGGGUGGCGCGGAAAUAGCAGCCGCCAGCAACGAUAAAACAGAAGACAGCAAAGAACUCGAUAUCAAAAUAUGGCCUCACGUGGCACAGGCGAACGGCAUCUUGGACGGCAAGCCGCGGAGAACUCGGGUGCCCGACAAACCCAACCAUCCACUCAGCCUCUGGUCAAUUAUGAAAAAUUGUAUAGGUAAGGAACUGUCAAAGAUCCCGAUCCCGGUGAACUUCAGCGAGCCGCUGUCGAUGCUGCAGCGGCUGGCGGAGGACUUCGAGUACUCGUCCAUACUGGACCAGGCGGCCACGUUCAGCGAGCCGGCGCAGCAGCUGGCCUACGUGGCCGCCUUCACCGUGUCUUCGUACGCCACCACGGCUUGCAGAACUACGAAGCCUUUCAAUCCGCUCCUGGGCGAGACUUACGAAUGCGAUCGCACGUCCGACCUCGGCUGGAGAAUUAUCUCGGAACAGGUCUCUCAUCAUCCGCCGAUGGUGGCGCAGUUCUGCGAGGGCUCCUCGGGUUGGCAGUGCUGGCAGGAGUUCACCAUGACGAGCAAGUUCCGCGGGAAGUACCUGCAGGUCAUCCCUCUCGGGGGGGCCUACGCGCACUUUGUUCACUCGGGCAACAAGUACACGUGGCGGAAGGUGACGACAACCGUCCACAACGUGAUCGUGGGCAAGUUGUGGGUGGACCAUCACGGCGACAUGGAGAUCGUGGGUGAGGCGGGGCCCGCGGCCGGCUACGUGGCGCAUCUCAAGUACAUCCCGUAUGGGUACUUCAGCAAGGACACGCAGCGGAAGGUCACCGGGGUCAUCAAGGACCCCAACGGGGUGCCCCGCUACGUGCUGCAAGGGUACUGGGACCGCUCCGUCGAGGUGGCGCCAGUCACCAGCGCGUCCGCCGACAACUCGGUGUGUAAGACGGGCAAGUUCGUGCUGGCCUGGCAGCGGGUGGCCGCGCCCGCGGACUGCGACAAGUGGUAUAACUUCACCCUGCUGGCGGCGCAGCUGAACGAGCCGGAGCCGGGAGUGGCGCCGACCGACUCUCGCCUGCGACCUGACCAGCGGCUCAUGGAGGAGGGGCUCUGGGACGAGGCCAACGCGGAGAAGUUGCGCCUGGAGGAGAAGCAGCGGGCCGCGAGGAGACAGCAGGAGGCCGCCGCGGAGGACGCCGCCGCCAGGGGUGCUCCGUCUCCGCCGGGCCACAGCCCCGUGUGGUUCACGCGGGCCGCGACCCCGGGCCAGCCACACCUGCGACACCUCUACAACAACCGCUACUGGGAGUGCAAGCAGCGACAGGACUGGUCACAGUGCCCCGACAUAUUCUAACACCGUUGGAUAUGUGCCCGGCUUGAUAAAGUUCUCUUAAACAUUGUGACUAUAACCGACCCAGGUAUAACAUAAUAUUGCAUCUGACCUGCUACAGUUGGAAUUGUGGCCGAAUCAGACAACAUAACACUGUGGCGGAAAUAUAUAGUUCCCGUAUAUAAUAUCGUGUAUGACCUUAUAGUUAAUAUAGUGAAAAUUUAUUACGUACAAUAUUAGCACGGAAAACAUCAGAACUCAGAGGCAUUUGUUAUGCUUUAUUGUAUAUGAAGACCCAAACUACUCUAGCCCCGGCUACACAGCUACCACUAAAUGAAAAUUUCAAAUGUUACCUUACUAAUAAUAUACAAAGUAUACACGGCCAUAAAUUUAAAAAAAAUCUAUUGAGCUUAGCAUGCUUGCAACAGCAGUAAGACGAAACAUAAUAUUAAUUUAUAGAAAAAAGUUAGUUCUUGUACUAAAAGUCCUAAAAUUAUAUCUGAUACUUAAUUAUGUACAUAUAUAGAAACGAUAAAUAUCGCCGUCAUCUUGGAGCCGCGACUAUUGUGUGUUCAGUACAGACUUCAAAGUUAUUGUUUUUAAUAUAUAUACUCUAUGGUUCCUCAUUGCUCUCAAUGCUAUUUUCUAAUAAAAAUACGUUUUAUACUCGUAAAACUUACCACGCUUAAACAUAGAAUGGUUUGAAAAGGAUGACGUGAUUAUGAAAGUUACAAAAAAUACAGCUAGUGUUUGUGUUACCAAAACGUUUCUUACUUUCAAAACACGUCCCAAUUAGUACGCUUUCGGGAUACGCGAUACACGUGCUAUUAAAUAUAACCAAUUCUUUAUAAACUAUAAUAUCUUUGGUUGCUGCGGUAUUUUUUUUCCUUAUUUGUGAAGUCCAAAGAGGUAAUAGUUUUUAAUUAAAUGAGAACGCAACAUAAUAUAACUAAUAUUAUAAGUGCGUUGGGAGAAAAACUUAAUAUAAAGCAUUUUGAAUGGAUUGAAGCCGCUUUAUAUGUAAACAUUUUCGUUCUGUGUUUGUCAAAGUUUGUUGAAUUUGUACUAAUUCGCUUUCCUUACUAAAGAAAAUGUGUAUAUUAUCAUAGUUGAAAUUAUAAUGUAAUUAACAUCAUAAAAACAAGUGCUUCUUACAGAAUGUGCUAUGAAGUUUCCACUAGAUCGGUGAUACUAAUGUUUGAAUUUUAUGCAAUCAUAUUUUCAUAAAACCUGUCUAUGUAAGACUUGUUUAGAAAUCUUUUAGGUCUUCAAAAUAUCUCGUCUCGAUAUUUUCUCAAAAAACCUGUCUAUUCCCUAUACGGAUAUUUCUAUUACAGUUUUUUAUAUUUAAAUACGUUUAUCUACACGAUUUAUGUUAAAUGUAACAAUAAAAAAUCACUGUUGUUUAAAACUUCAUUCUAAUAAAAUAAGACUGUUACGAGGUCGAACUUAAAUAAUUCAAACUGUCAUCUGUCAAUUGGCACUUUGUAUUUGGAAUAUAAUAAGAAAAUAAUACUUUAUUUAAUCUUACCAUCCAUCAUUACCGUUAUAAUUAAAAAUUACAUGCAAUAAGCUUAGUGGUCUCCUUAAACGUGACAUUGGCUAAAUUGUGGUGUAUCUUCCACAAAAGCCACAGUAGGAAUAGAAUAGAUGCUAGAUUUCAUCACAUCCGCAAUGUUUUAAACUAUGGAACGCGUCGGAUUCGCCGCAGUCUACGGUAUUCAAGAUCACCGAUCUCGUGCGAUCAUUCAGCUAGUCGGGAGUUAAGAUUAAAUUAAUACAACUGUAUCACCGAUCAUUACCGCUAUAACUAUAAUACAUACCGUACAAAUACUACUUGGUGGUUAACAUUACGUUUAUGUUUUUUAAAUGCUUGUUUUCUGGAGUCAUUAAUUUUAUUAUUUCACAAUAGGCCCCAAGCAAAGAAUUCGAGCGAGAAGUGGAACUGCGCAGGAUUCAUUCGCGUAUAUAUUCGCCCCCUGCUUGUCAUAUAUUCGCCGCCACGGACACCCUAUAUUUUUUAUUCUUCGCAUUCAAUAACACCGCUCAAGAUCCAUGCUGGAGCCCAUAUAUAUGAUUUACAUUAUUUUUUUAGAGCAUUGGUACCGAAAUGGUUACGUACACUAGUUAUGCGGGGCGCAACUAUCCGAAAGAUAAAGUGUACCCUCGGAUGACAUGCACACACAAUAAUUACAAUGUAAUUUGUACAUAACACACUAAGCUGGUUACGUUUGUUUCACACAUGUAUUUAAACUAAUGUUGUUCAUUGUAAAUAAAUUAACUAACAAUAUUGUUGUAUUAUUUAAACAUUGAUGAUUAUAUGAUAUGUAUGAUUACAUUUUUUUCAUUUACGAUUCGUUGUUCAUUUUAAAUAUUUAACAGCAAGCAAGAUGUAGUAAACAAUGAAAAAUGUUUUUUGUUAGUUCUCACUAGAUGAAUGCGGCGCGGAUUUACAAACAGCUAUUUCUUUACGCGAGUGACGGUCGACCUUAAUAAUAUUAAUCUUAAUUUUUUACUUUCACACCUUCGAUACCAAAUAAUAACAAAGGAAUAUGAAAAUAAGUUCUAUAUUUAAACAUUUAAUAUAAUUGGAACAGAAUGGAAGCUUCAAACCAGAGCUGAAACAUUCGUUCCUAUUUUGAUAUAUAUAUUAAAUUUUCAAUAACCAACUGGCAGACAUAUAUAUAUUAUAUAUAGUUUGAAAUAUUUAUCUAAGUUAAUCUUUCAGGCGGAAUACGUAGGUUGCCUGUACGAACAUUAAGUUCAUACUAUUUCACGAACGUAAGUAUAUAAAAUUCUACAAACAAUAUUUCUAUAGCCAUAAAAUUUAAACAAUAAAUAUAAUCUAAUCCUACUGCUUACUUAUCUGUUCGUGAACUGUCAAGCCGACCGUAAUUCUCACCAAUUUCAUUAGUUUCUGGUAAAGCUGGCAAAAAGGUAGUAAAAGUAUAAAAUGUUUGUAAAAAUUGUACAGAUAAAUACAAUAUACAUUAAUGAAUACAAUACAAUAACGGAUAUUCAUUGUUAAUAUGAAACUGGUGCAGUUGGACUUGUAGAAAUCAAUAAAUACUAAAAAGCCUUAAUUUAUAGCCAUCCUUGUCGCUCUAUGCAUAUUAAGGUCCUUAAUAAAAAAUAUAACGCAUCUACCAAGCACUCUGAACUAAUUAUGAUUCUGAUCGAGUUAAAGACCAUGCGUGUUAGUAGGUAGGUGUACCUGAUACACUGUGCUUGUAAUAAACUCACGACAGCAAUGCGUUACUUAUUUUUAGCAUGAAAUUUUUGAACAUAGAAUUAUUUGCAGUCUGAUUACAGUAUUGCAAUAAUUUGUGUCGCAACACAUAAUGGCACAAUCUGAAAUUUUUACAACUUUUGCAAUGGCAGCUUCGCUCCAAAUUCAAAAAGUAAAAAAAAAUGUAGCCUACUUGUUACGCGGCCAUCCGACAACUUACUUUUUGGACAUGAAAGUAUUUAUCCCGUUGUAGAUAAUAUUAGAUAUUUUUAUGUAUAUUGUACACUUAAGCGCUUGUAUAUUUCAUUGUAAUAGUGUAAUUAUACUUAUGUUAAGAACCUGCGUAACUUGUGCAAACUAUGACGUCACAAGGGUAAUGCUUGGAGUCUCAGUAGAUUUGAUAAGAUAACUUUGGAAAAUGUUUCGCCGUUGAAGCUGUCUGCUACUCAUUCCAUUUCAUUAAUUUAUGUUUGUUAUUUGAUUUUGUGCUUUAUUUUUAAGAUUAUAAUGUUAUUGAUGAAAUUAAAACAUUUUAUUAUCGAUUUCGAGA